AUGGGGCGCAGCGCGCGCAGGGGAGCCAAUGCUUCCAUCGAGCAGGCGCGGCAAAUCACGAGGCGUCUCGUGGCUCUCCGAGCAGAAGGCCAGUGGGCUCAGGUCUUGAACUUGCUUCGAGCUGCGCAGUCGGGACGAGUCGGCUGGAACAUUGUCCAUUGCAACGCCGCGCUGUCGGCGCUUGCGGACGCGAGCCAGUGGUCGCGGCAGCUUCGCAUCUUCGCCACCCUUCAGGAGCACCAGGUCCGGCCCACAGCCUCCACGUUUGGUGCGCUUUUGGCCGGCGCGGUGGCCUCCUGGGAAGGGGCCCUGGCGCUUCUGAAGGAGAUGCCUCAGUGGCAAGUACAACGAGACACUGUUGCAUGCAAUACCGCGAUUACCGCCUGCGCCAGAGCUGCCCAGUGGGAGGCCGCUUGCGAGCUCGUAAAGUCGAUGCAACUGGCGACGCAAAGGGCGGACACGAUCACGCAAAACGCCCUGAUGAGCGCCCUCCACCAAGGCUCUCAGUGGGAGCAUGCUCUGAAACUGUUGGCCUCUUCGCACCAUGGCCGCCGCACCGUGGUGACCUGGAGCACCUGCAUCAGCGCUCAGGAGGCAUCCGGACGGUGGCAGGUGGCCCUGGAGCUUCUUGCAGGCAUGUGCCGAGAGGUAGGCGGAAGUACCAUCGGCUACAACGCCUGCAUCAGCGUUUGUGCACGGGGCCAAGCGUGGUCCAUGGCCUUUCGGCUCCUGGAGGACAUGCCAGAAAAGCGCGUGCAGCCUGACACUGUCAGCUUCAACGCCACCAUCAGCGCUGCCAGCGAGGGCGCACAAUGGCAGCCGGCGCUGGGCCUCUUCGACCAGAUGAUGCAGGAGCGAGUUCCUCACGACCUCGUGAGCUUCAAUGCGACCAUGGAUGCCUGCGCAAUGUCUGGCGAGUGGAGGCCGGCGUUGUCACUGCUCUGGGCGGCCGGCGCCCAGGCAAACCUCGUCUCUUUCAACACGGCUUUGACUGCUUGCCACCGCGGAUCUGCCUGGGCAGCAGCGCUGGCACUCUUCGCCCUGCUGCAGCGGCGGAACUUGCGGCCAGACACACUGAGCUACAACGUGAUGAUGAGCGUCGGCCACAAGUCCGCGAGAUGGCCGUUGGCUUUACAGAUGCUGCGCAGCCUUCGCCACCAUCGCCUAGCGCCCAGCGACCGCAGAGCAAUGGGAGUUGGCCUUGGAGCUCUUCCAGGACCUGGGUCGGGCUUCGGUUCAGAGGUCGCAGGUGGUCUUCAACGCGGCCCUGAGCGCUUGUGCGAAGGGUGCGCAGUGGGAGAACGCCAUGCGCCUCUACCGCAGCUUGCAGCGCUCCCUAAAACCCGACGAGGUGUCGCGGAACUCACUGCUGUGUGCCCUGGCUGCUGCCGCACGCUGGGAGGACACCCUGGCGCUGCUUCAACUUCCUGGACCGCGGCACGAUAG